ACUAAUUUCAGUGGAGAGUGGGAGAGUGGUAUGAUGUGAAAUAUUGUGAUUUGAUUUGUGAUGCGAUUGUUUGAAUAUUGAAAAGUUGACGAAAAAUACAUGUAUUUUAUAGUGUUCUUGCUGUAAAAUAAAGAAACUGCAGACUAAAAAUAUAUAAUUUCAGUUCAUGUAAGAUAUAUAUUAACUGACACACUAACGUAUGCGUACAAUUUGGCACCAUUGUUAAGCAAAAACUAAUAUCCACGCUGUUAUCCUCUUUUUGAUUAUAAUUUUUGUAGGUUUAGUUCGUUAAACUUUACGAAUAUGUCUGAUACGAGUGACUUAGAUCGUCAAAUCGAGCAGCUGAAAAGAUGUGAAAUUAUAAUGGAGGCAGAGGUUAAAGCCCUCUGUGCUAAAGCCCGUGAGAUCCUCGUCGAGGAAAGUAAUGUUCAACGCGUCGAUUCACCUGUCACGGUGUGUGGAGACAUCCAUGGACAAUUUUAUGAUCUGAAAGAGUUAUUUAAAGUUGGUGGUGAUGUACCUGAGACAAACUACCUGUUCAUGGGUGACUUUGUGGACAGAGGGUUUUAUUCAGUUGAAACUUUCUUAUUAUUACUAGCUUUGAAGGUUCGCUAUCCAGACCGUAUAACAUUGAUAAGAGGCAACCACGAAUCACGACAGAUCACACAAGUAUAUGGAUUUUAUGACGAGUGCUUGAGAAAAUAUGGAUCUAUUACUGUUUGGAGGUAUUGCACUGAAAUAUUCGACUACUUAUCCCUCUCGGCAAUCAUCGACGGAAGAAUAUUCUGCGUGCACGGCGGACUCAGCCCUUCAAUACAGACACUGGACCAGAUAAGAACCAUCGAUCGAAAGCAAGAGGUGCCACACGAUGGGCCUAUGUGUGACUUGCUAUGGAGUGAUCCUGAAGACACUCAAGGCUGGGGCGUAUCCCCGCGCGGCGCCGGCUACCUCUUCGGCUCGGACGUGGUGGCGCAGUUCAACGUGUCCAACGACAUCGACAUGAUAUGCCGCGCGCACCAGCUCGUCAUGGAGGGCUACAAGUGGCACUUCAACGAGACCGUGCUCACCGUGUGGUCGGCGCCCAACUAUUGUUACAGAUGCGGCAACGUGGCAGCCAUAUUGGAGCUGAACGAAAGCCUUCAACGCGAAUUUACGAUAUUCGAAGCGGCCCCACAGGAAUCGAGAGGAGUUCCCUCCAAGAAGCCACAAGCGGACUACUUCUUAUAAUGUUACCAGUUAUAGACAAUUGAGAUUGACUAGUAAUACAGUUUCAUAUGUAGUGACAAAACAAUUUUUGAUGUGAAAAUGAUUUGAUUGUGAUUUUAAGACUGUGGUGUGUUAAUUUUUAUGUGUUAUGAUUAAGGCCAUUUUUGCGAAAAAGAAUUCGUGU